CGACGCAUCACAACCCAACAGCUACUGUGAUUUCACCUAUCAGCCAUGAGGAUCAUCAACAUUGGUCCGGACCCGUCUCUGGCAUAUCGGCCAAAUUUGGAGACAAGUAAGGUGAAAGACAAGGAAGACUACAGAAACUUUGAGAGCGGAAGCCUAAUUGACCGUGUCUUCAACACGUACAGCCUGAUGCACACCUAUCAAACAGUGGAGUUUGUAAACCAAAAGCACACUGAAUGGAACGGUUGUAACCACACCCGGAUGGGGAUGAUGGAUGCCAUCAUGUCUCUAGACCAGCUUGUGGAUGAGUCUGAUCCCGAUGUGGACUUCCCCAACUCCUUCCAUGCUUUCCAGACUGCUGAAGGCAUCCGCCAAGAACACCCAGACAAAGAAUGGUUCCAGCUGGUUGGUCUGAUCCAUGAUGUCGGAAAGAUCAUGGCUCUCUGGGAUGAACCGCAGUGGGCUGUAGUGGGCGACACUUUCCCCGUUGGCUGCAAAUUUCAAAACUCCAUUGUGUUCAGAAACAACACCUUCCUGAAAAAUCCAGAUGACAAUAAUCCCAAAUACAACACUGAGUUUGGGAUCUAUGAACCAAACUGUGGCCUUGACAAUGUCCUCAUGUCCUGGGGCCACGAUGAGUAUCUCUACAGAGUUAUGAAGUUCAACAAGUGCCUCAUCCCAGAGGAGGGCUUAUACAUGAUUCGCUUCCAUUCCUUCUACCCCUGGCACUCCCAUGGAGAUUACAUGCAUCUGUGCAACGAUAAAGACUUGAAGAUGCUGCCCUGGGUCAAAGAGUUCAACAAAUUUGACCUGUACACAAAAACCACUGAUCUGCCUGACGUCAACAACCUGAAGGUGUACUACCAGUCUCUGAUCGACAAGUACUGUCCUGGAGUACUGCAGUGGUAAAACGGACCAAAAGGAGCGUUUAAAAAAGAAAAAUUAACAGCAACACUGUUGGAAAUCGGCUAGUAGAAUGAUUUUACUUACCUAUACUGUGACACUCUGACUAAAUGUAUAGCUUUAUGAUAACACUAUAGCUGGACUUGGUGUCUUUCUGUAUAUAGUUUAGUUUUUACUGAAUAAAUCAAUCUUAUGUUGUGCAUACUAAUCAUUGUAAU